AUGCAUAAAUUGCUUACUCCACGUCAAGGUGCCAUGUCUACCGCAAAGCCGCAACCGCAGCCAUCACAGCCAUUCCAAUCCGACCCUCAAGUCUUGGACUCCAUCGAUAGAGCUCAGUCAAAACUCGAAACACUGAUGCGCUCAUUCAGAGGAGGCGAGAGCUCUGCCGUCCGCAACGCCCCCGGCGUACAGGCAACCAACACCACGGAAGGCCGUCAGCAAGCAGAAACCCCGGGCAGAGUGAACGCCGAGACCGCAAAGCUUAGACACAGACAUGACAGACUGGAGCUCGAUUUCCUGCUAUUUCAAAAGCGAAUGGAAAAGCGCCAGCGUCAGCCCACCAUCGCCAGAGAGUGGUGGAAGAGGGAGAGUGCUGCGAGGAUCAACCUCGCCAACGAACUCGGUCGGCUUCGGGAAGAGCAUGCAAGUCUUAAGGUCGAGCUUGAGGAGGCCAAAGCCGUUAUCAAGAAAUUCGAAGAGCAGGAGCCCCCAUCUGAGGAGUUGUUCUAG